AUGGCUACAAAUACCGAACCUCCAAAGCUCGAAUUCACAUGGCUAAACCCAAUCCUCUCCAUCUACACUCCUCCACCAACAGAAGCCCCGAUCCACCACUCUCACCCAACAACAAUCAUAUUCUGCGCUUGGAUGGGCGUAUCCUCUCGAUCCCGUUACCUCAACUCUUUCUACCAGCACUACCACACACUCUACCCUAACGCGCGAAUAAUCUCCGUCCGCUCCCAAACUGGCUUUUUCGCAUUUACCUCCACUUCCGCACGACUGCGCCUUCAUGAACCCAUUAUCGCUGCAAUCGAGAGUGACCCAGCACCUGCUGAGAACAGGAAGAUAAUCGCACAUGUCAUGAGUAAUGGCGGAGCUCUGGGGUUCGCGGAUAUAUGUCAACUCUAUAAGGAGAAAACGGGAAACAAACUGAACGUCGGGAAUGUGGUGUUCGACAGUGGACCCGGCGAAUACACACUCGGUAGUGCUUUUCACGCCUUCUCUCAAGCCUUCCCCAAAGGUCUGCUCUGGUAUCCCACCGCUAUUUUCAUGUGGCUAGUACUGGUAAUCUUAGGACGGACGAUGUUUGGGCCUGGUCCACGGCUGAAGAGCAGUAACGAACGACUUAACGACUUAAACUGUGUGAAUGAGAACCAGAGGCGGUUAUAUAUGUACAGCGAGGUGGAUCGUUCAGUUGACUGGCGCUCUGUGGUGAGACAUGCUAAGGAGGCACGCGAAAAGGGCGUCAAGUCGACACUGAUGAAAUCGGAGGGAAGUAAACAUGUACAACUUAUGAUGAGAGAUCCGGAGAAGUAUUGGAAUAUAGUGUGGGGAUUUAGUGUUACGUGA